UUCCGCCGCUCCCCCCAGGCCUGGACAGUGAAUUUGGUUGCAAUGGAGACCGUGUCCCUGGAGCACCAGAUCCAGAGCGUGCAGCGGCACAUCGCUUUCCUGAAGAAGGAGCAGAUGGAGCUGCUCCAUGACCUGCACCUGGAGAUCCUCCGCUUGCAGAAGCACUGCUCAGAGCUCACCCAUGACCUGGAAAUAAAAGAGCUGGAAGCCCGCCAGCAAGACGUCCUGGACCGGGAGCUGGAGGAGAAGUGCCGGGCAAUGGAGGCGCAGCUGCAGGAGAAGGAGAAGGACAACCUGGAGCUGCGCAAGGAGCUGCGGCACAAGGAGACGCUGGUGGCCGCGCUGCGCUCCAGCCUCCGCACCAAGGAGCGCCGGUUCCUGGAGGAGCUGAAGCGGCGGAGCCACCGAGUCACCAUCCUCGACACCGAGCUGCAGAAGCAGACGGAGGCGGCCGCUUACCUCUCCCUGCAGCUGCACGCCACGGCCCAGCGCCUGCCGGGCCCCCGGCUGCCCCCCGAGCAGCCCCCCGAGCAGCCCCCCGCCGAGGGCAGGCCCCGCCGCCGCAGCCACCGCCCGCACCCCCGGCGCCCACCCGGGGACGGUGCCCGCCCCAGGGACCCCGCGCAGGACGACCACGACGCCAUGCCCGACCCGGCCCUCUUCCUCUACACGGCACGGCCGCAGCCCCCGCAGCGCCGGGAGCCCCCGCAGCGCCGGGAGCCCCCCGGCCAGGCCCAGCCCCCCCGGGCGCACACGGCCCCCCGGCAGGAGCCGGCAGCCAGGGCCAGGGCGGCCAGGGGCGAGCCUGGCAAGAGGCAGGGCUCCGGCCCCCGCGGUGCCCCCCGGCCUCGGGAGUAG